AAAGUAGUUAUUGCAACGAAUAUCGUUCUCUCUCUCUCUCUUUAUAUUCAUUCUCAUUCGUUUACGAGACAUUUACGACUUCGCUUCACUGCUUGCUUGCACUCUCUCCUCCUUCUCCUCCGAGCUCACUCACCAGUUAGCCCUAAAAAUCAAUGGCGCCAAUCGACCCUCACUCGUUCACUGAGUCGACUCACCCACUCGCCACCCACAUCUCACUCUCUCUCUUCUUCGACUUCCCCUCCUCCAUCAUUCACGCCUCCGCCCUCCUCACCCUCCCGGCCCCACACUCUGGACCACUCUCCCUCGACGCGCGUGCACUCACCGUCCACUCCGUCCUCGACCCCCAAUCCUCUGCUCCCCUCCCUUUCUCCCUCUCCUCUCCUGACCCAAUCAAAGGCUGCCACCUCACCGUCUCCCUCUCCAACCACUCCUCUUUUCUCAUCGUCUACUCCACUUCCCCUUCCUCCUCCGCCCUCCAGUGGCUCUCUCCUCCCCAAACCUUCAACAAAACGCUGCCCUUUGUCUACACACAAUGCCAGCCCAUCCACGCGCGCUCCGUCUUCCCAUGCCAGGACACUCCGGCGGCGCGUGUGCGCUACGCGGCAAAGCUCAACGUCCCCCGCCAGCUAUCCGUCGUCAUGUCCGCUCGCCACGUGGACCGCCGUGACCCGAUCUCCGGCGAGGGAGCCGCGCUGUUCUCCACCGACGCACUGUGGUGCGCCGAGGGGAGAGUCGUCGAGGAGUUCGUGAUGGAGCAACCAAUCCCGCCGUACCUGUUCGCCUUCGCCGUCGGCGAGCUAGGGUUCCGGGAGGUGGGACCGAGAACUAGGGUUUACUCGGAGGCGGUUCCGGCGGUGCUGGAAUCGGCAGCGACUGAGUUCGCGAGCACCGAGGACAUGAUCAGGCAAGGGGAGGCCUUGUUUGGGCCGUAUGAGUGGGAAAGGUUCGAUCUCUUGGUGCUUCCGCCGAGCUUUCCGUACGGUGGUAUGGAGAAUCCAAGAAUGACGUUCUUGACGCCGACGGUGCUCAAAGGCGACUCGAGCGGCGCGCAGGUGGUGGCGCACGAGCUGGCGCAUAGCUGGACUGGGAACUUGAUCACCAACAAGACUAAUGAGCAUUUUUGGUUGAAUGAGGGUUUCACGACAUAUGCUGAGAGGAGAAUUGUUGAGGCUGUGCAAGGUGAGGACAGAGCUGCAUUAAACAUUGGAAUUGGUUGGCGGGGUUUGAAUAAGGAAAUGGAGAGGUUCAAGGAUAACUUGGAGGUCACAAAGCUGAAAACCAACCAGGAAGGAGUUGACCCAGAUGAUGUGUAUUCUGAAGUUCCAUAUGAAAAAGGUUUCCAGUUUCUAUGGCGCAUUGAACGCCAGGUUGGAAGGCCUGCAUUUGAUGAAUUUCUCAAGAAAUAUAUUGCCACCUUCAAGUUCCAGUCAAUUGAUACCGAUACAUUUCUCGAUUUUCUGAAAGCAAACCUACCUGGAAUAGAGAAAGAGGUUGACUUAAUAUUGUGGACUGAGGGUACUGGUAUCCCUCCUGAUGCCUAUGAACCAGUUUCCAGUAUAUAUUCAAAGAUUGUGUCAAUGGCAAAUGAAUUUAAGCUUGGUAGGAUGCCAAGGGAGGAUGAAGUUGCUGAUUGGCAAGGGCAGGAGUGGGAGCUCUACUUGGAGAACCUGCCCAAAUCUAUUGAAGCUUCACAGAUUUUGGAGUUGAAUUCACGCUUCAGGCUGUCCGAGUCGAAAGAUUAUGAGGUGAAGGUGGCAUUUCUCCUACUGGCCAUUGCUUCCAAGUGCAAAGAGCACUACGUUGAGGUGGAGAAAACUUUGAAGGCAGUUGGAAGGAAGAAGUACCUUGUCCCGCUCUACUCUGCUCUUGUAGAAGGCGGCACCGGAAAGGAGGAAGAGAAGAUUUUGGCCAAAAGGGUGUUUGCAGAGGCGCAUGACACUUAUCACCCUAUAGCUCAAGGUGUUAUUGAGACAAUUCUUAGCAAACACAUCUAGGAGGAUGGAGUUUGAGAAUGUAAAUCACAUGUGAAUUGAAUUUCGGAAGCUAAUCCCUUAUGAUGCCUGUCGUUGGCUAUGCUAAUCUCUGAGAUAUGUAGGCUAAGCCUUGAUUGC